GAUUUGAAACAUUUGUAUGUUUUCAUUUGCAGAUAGGGCACGGCAAUGUGUGAUCAGAUUUGAAACAUUUGUGUUUUCAUUUCAUCAUCUGAAAUUUUGGUUGUGUUCCCUGUUUUCUUUCUAUUGUUACCUAGGAACCCUUCUUUCCUCUUGAGAUCCAGCUCUAAGAUGGAACAAUACAGGCCUCCCACACCUAAGCAGCAACCCUUUGUCAGAUACGAGCCUCCCACACCUAAACUUAUCUUUAAAAGCAAUAAUAGCUAUCAUGUGUUUCUGAGUUUCAGGGGACCCGACGUGAGAAAGACUCUGGUUGAUCAUCUCUACCAAGCUCUCUCAGCAGCAGGACUGAAUGUCUUCUUAGACAGUCACAAAUUGGAAAAGGGUGAAAUAAUUGGGUUGACCUUGGAAAAAGCAAUCGAGAGUAGUGCCAUAUGCAUUCCUAUAUUUUCUGAAGGCUACGCAGAUUCAGUUUGGUGUCUGAAGGAGGCCGCUGCAAUGUUGAGGAGCCCUGGCUCGAUCAUUCCUCUCUUCUAUCAUGUGGAUCCAACCGAUGUUAGACAUCCUGAAAGUGACUCCAGUCCCUACAAGGAAUCAUUCCUCAAGCACCAUGGCCAUGCUCCAAAUCGAUAUUCAAAAGGAGAGAUUGAUGGGUGGAAGCAUGCCCUUAAGAAGAUCUGUGAACAUUCUGGAUGGUCCAUGGAUAUAACUGAAGGCUACGAAGCUCGGCUAGUCAAGACGGUGGUGAAUGACCUGAUCAUGACACUCGACAGAGUGCCGUUACAUGUUGCCAAGCAUCCAGUGGGAAUAAUCAAUGUGAAAGAUGCCAUCAUUCAGAAAUUAAAUCUUAACUCAGUGGAUGACGUGGUUAAAAUUGGAAUAUGGGGCAUUGGUGGUAUUGGAAAGACCACGGUUGCCAAGGCCGUGUACAAUGAAGUUUAUGCUUCUUUCAAUGCUGCUUCCUUCGUAUUUAAUGUCCGCGCCACUGCUGCAAAGGCUACAGGUCUUGAAGAACUGCAAACAAAAGUUCUCAGAGAUUUAUGCAAUUACGAUGAAAAAGUGGUCCACGGUGUUUCUCAGGGCAUAUCUUUGUUCCAAGAUCGUUUGCGAAGAAACCGUGUGCUGCUUAUUUUGGAUGAUGUGGAUACUGUUGAACAACUGAAUGCUUUUGGUGGGGAUUGGCUGACUUCUGGUGGGGAUUGGCUGGCUCCUGGUAGCAGGGUUAUUAUAACCUCCAGAAACAAACACAUUCUGAAUGUUGCUAGGGUUUCAUCGGAAUGCGUCCACGAGAUGAGUGGAUUAGAGCUAACUGAAGCUCUCCACUUAUUUAGUUGGCACGCUUUUCUCGGACCAUCUCCAAGACCCAAAUACGAAGAUCUCUCCAAAGAAAUAGUGGAAGCUUGCAAGGGGCAUCCUCUUUCGUUGGAAGUCAUUGGAUGCUCCCUCUUUGAUAAACAAGGUGACAAAAGUUGCUGGAGGGAAACUCUUGACAACAUUAAACACAACCAAGAUAUUUACGACGGACUCAUAAUCAGUUAUGAUACCCUGAGUAAGGUGGAAAAAGAAAUAUUUGUGGAUAUUGCUUGUUUUUUUAUUGGAGAAAAGAACACAUUGCCCAUUAUUUUCUGGAAAUUCUUGUACGAUGUGGUUGAAGGUCCUUUAUCUAAUCUUAAGUUGAAGUCUCUCAUAGAGAUUAAAGAUGGUGUAUUUCAUAUGCAUGACCGUUUGCAAGAUAUGGGGCGGGUCAUAGCUGAAAAAGAAGAAAAGCGCACCCGGCAAUGGAAGGUUGACCAUUUGAGCACCAUAUCCAACAAUAUCAAUUUGUCUCGCCUUCGACUCAGAGGAGGCAAUCCACAGAGGCUUGAGGUGCUUAACAGCUCUGUUCUUCGCUAUCUUCAUUUGCAGAAUCUGUCCAUUCAAAAUAUGACUGAAGACACACUAGCCAUGCUUCCUAGAAGUUUGAUCUGGUUAAGGUUGGAACAUUGUCCUUUUGCAAUUGGAAGGAAUAGAUCAGCAGUAGAUGAGCCACGUCACUCCAGAUAUAUGGACAACAUUUGGGAAUUGAAGGUUAUGCAACUAAAAGACUGCGCUGAUUUGGAUAGCGUUUUCCUCUCUUCCCUGUUUUCACCUCCUAACGACCUCUCACAGUUGCAGCACUUGGACUUGACAUGUUGUAAAAGAUUAACCAGCCUCCCUGAUACCAUUGGCAACCUGUCACAACUCCAGCAUUUGGACUUGGGAUGGUGCGAUAGAUUAAAUAAUCUCCCUGAUACCAUUGGCAAUUUGUCACAGUUGCAGCAAUUGAAUUUGGAAAGGUGUGUAAGCUUAGAUAAGCUCCCUGAUACCAUUGGCGACCUUACCAGGCUGGAGCGCUUGAACUUGGAAAGCUGUCGAAACUUAAAUAAUCUCCCCAGUAGCAUUGGCAACCUAUCCCAGCUGCAAAACUUGAACUUAAGAUGUUGUGAUAGGUUAAGUAGGCUCCCUGAUGGAAUUUGCAACUUGGCAGAGCUAAAGAACUUGUACUUGGGAAAGUGUGAAAGCUUAGAUUCCCUUCCUAUUAACGUUGGCGACCUGUGCAAAUUGCAGCACUUGGACUUGGAAGGGUGUAUAGAAUUAAAAUACCUCCCUAGUACCAUUGGCAACAUGUCAGAGCUCCAGCACUUGGACAUAAAAUGGUGUAAGAGCUUAACUAAUCUCCCUAAUGCCAUUGCCGACCUGCCAAAACUGCAACUCUUCAAGUUAAGUUUGAGAGGGUGUGAGAGUUUAUGUAAAAUCCCUCCUAGGAUUUUCAGCCGGCUACAAAAGCUGGAACUCUAAUGGUGCUUCAAGUGUUGACAGCACAGCAAUUGAAGCUUUCUUAUUAAAUAGAGUUGACUAACGAAGCUCAAACUUCGUGUGACGUUUUUGUAUGGGAUGGGGAAUAAACUCAAGCUCUCUGGAAUGCAUCUGCACCUUACACUUGUUAUUUGAGCUCCUUCAGUUAACGGCAUGGAAGAUCUUGGUUCAAUGGCACGUGAAUUUAAUUUUUCUGUGUUUGCACGAAAACAGUAAAACAUAGAACAUGUCUUGCGGCACUUUUUUUCUUCGAUUUGAGAUAACAAUGAAGGAGGAUGAAUGAUUUUUCAUAGAAUAUUUUACUUAAAUUUUUAAAAUUAAAAUUGAAGUUUAGGUUGA